AGAAGUUUAUUCUUCGGGCAGAAUUUGGAUUUUUGGUUUAAGAGAGGAUAUAAACAUUUUAUAUAUUGGUUGAUGUCCUUUUUAAUGUGAUCUUUAAAAAUUAUUUAUGUUCAAGAACUAUUUCACUUGACUUGACCAAGAAAUUGGAACUCCGUUCAAAGUGACUAUGCGACUACUACUAGGUUUCAAAAAGGAAGCUCUCAGCUUAUGUGGGAAUAUUAUAAGUUGAGUUUCGAAAGCGUCGGGAGAAAUCUUCCAUUUUUGUAAAUAAGAAAAGAAAAUAUCGAAACUUUUCUACAGUCUGCGGCAAAUAACACGAUGACUUCUUCCUUUAGCGGAAAUGCCUGUAUCAUUGACAAACAAAGAAUUGAGGCAACCCUGAGGGAAAUCAGGAAGGUCCGAAAGAAUAUAACAUAUCGACCCAAGAAUGCUACCUUGAGGAACUACUGCUCUAACAGGCAGUCGUUCAGAUUUGGAAGUUUGAUAAUUUACCUUAUGAUUUCUGUCAAUUAAAUAAUUGUUUUAAGUUCCUAAUCUAGAGUGGAAAAAUAAACUUUUUCGUGCCAAACACUGUCGAAUGCUUUUCCUAUGUCUAGAAGAGCAACUCCAGUUGAGCAGCGUUCAGAUUUGUUUGAAUCAAUAGACAAGAAAUACUAAUGAUAAAUGUUACUAAUAGAUUGUGCUUUUUUUUUUAGGAACAAUAAUGGAGCCCACCAAGGAUACAGUCGACAGUGGCCGCUAUGCAUGGGGUGGCAAUACUGGAAAUCAUGGCAACAAAUACGAAGAAGAUUUAGCAUUUGCGCUGUUUGAGCGAGCAUCUUUGCGGAAAUCUAAAUUCAAACUUGCCUCAGAAAUGAAGGACGCUGGAAAAUUCGAUGAUGUGGUCAUAAUUUUCGAAGAACCGAAGGAAGUGUGGUUGUUCCAAGCCAAACACAACGACAGCUCAGAUGGUUCAAAACCAAUAUCGUUCAACAAUUUGUUUCCAAAGACGCGUAAGGAAAAUUAUGAUUUUGCUAUUAUCAAGUACAUACAGUCCUAUUUAGACGUUAUUCAAAAAGAUGAGUUCAAGGGGUUGAAGAUGCGAUUUUUUAUCCUAACCAAUAAAUCAUUAGACGAUAGCAAUAGUCAGCUAAGAGAGUUGGUGGACAUCGAGGUCUGUGAACAAAGUGAAGUGAACCCAAUAAUGAAGUUUGCUGAAUCGGACGAUUGCUACAAAAGAUUCAGACCAAAAAAGGAUAAAAUUAAAGAUUUACUGAAGUUGAUGAACACCGAACUACAUGCCAUUAGGGAUGCGAUCAUUGAACUCUUCAAAAGUGGAAAAGUUUCGGACUUACUAAUCAACUACAAAACACCGUUGCAGAAGAUCCUGGAAGUUUCAAAUGAAAAUCUAAAGGUCAAAGAUGUUGUCUCAACCAGAAAGGAUGAUUGGUUGUGCAAUGAGCUACUAAAGGAGAUUGGUGAAAAAAAAACAGCGAAAAAUCCAGUGAUUCAAUCAUUUAUGAAAGAUAAAUCUAGGAACACCCAACUACCAAGGUAUUUAACUGAAGAUAGCGUGAGCAAGUUCUUUCAGCAUCUAACUUUCUGUGUAAACCAACCAAGUGAUCUAAUAAGAACGAUUGACAAUGAUCUUCGCUCAUGGAUGAGAGAUUGGAUUCCACCGGACCAUCUUGGCAAAGUACAAUUAAAACUACCUUUCAAUAAAUUUGAUGAAUGUUUUAAAAAGUGGAUCAAUUCUAAAUGUUACAAGGAUACAACAAACAAUAAGCCAGAAAAGAGUUACUUAUCUUAUAAAGAGGGAAGUUCUUGUGUCGAAGAAAUAACGAGGGAACUGAGUGAUAAUUUUUCACAACGUAAAUAUGUUGGAAGCUCGUACAUAGAAAGAAAAUUAAUUGAUAAUAAUCUUAUUGCUAGUGACCAUGAUUUCAUCAAUCGAUUAAUAGACGACCAAGCAGAAAACAAAUUUUCUCUCUUCAUCGGAGAGCCUGGUAUGGGAAAAACAACUAUCCUCCAAUACAUUGCCUUCGAAGUUCAAAAGAAAUCCGAUAUUGAUGUGUUCUUGAUAUAUUUGAAUAACUUAAAGGAAACGCUCAAAUCAGGCUGUGAAAACUUAGAAGCGGUUUUCAAAAUUCUGCGAUCAGUUCUUUCGGAAUCAAGCAGGACAAUUUUGAAAAACAAUCUAGAAAGCAACGCAAAUCGAACUCUAAUCAUGUUUGAUGGGUUCGAUGAGAUCACUUUUCAUAACGAGGCAAUCGCCGUAAUUAGGCAAUUUUUGUCAAAGAAGAAUAUUCGAGUGAUUGUAAGUGGUAGAUAUCAUGUCAAGGAUAUUCUUGAAACUGAAUUUAAAGUAAGUGCAAUCAGAUUGAUUCCAUUUGAAAACGAUGAACAAAUAAUGGUUUUGAAAAAUUCAUGGGAAGCUUCCGAUGAUUCAAUGGAAUUUGAAAUUUUUUCAACUCAAUUGCUCGAAAAAUUAAACUCGGACAUAAGUAGCUAUGACUCUGAAUUCUUUGGUAUUCCACUUAUAAUUCGAUUGUUGGCGGAAGUAUAUUCUGAUGAUUUCCAACAAUAUUUAAAUACUGUUCCAGAUAAACGUGCACCAGAUAUUUUCCCGAAAGAAAAAUUUAAUGUUCUCUCAUUGUUUAAAAAGUUUGUAGAAUUUUCGUUUCAAAUCAAAUGGAAGAAAAAAAGAGACCAAGAUCCUUACCGAAAUAUCGACAUAUCAAGUGAUGACGAAGAGCGCCGUCAAUUGAAAUACUUUACUAUGGAGCAUCAAAUGGCUGCCUGGCACGAGAUUUCUAGUUUUCGUCUUAAGGAAAUAAUCGCAUUGGGUUUCUUUGGCAUCUAG